CGCCGGCCCGCGCCUCCCGCUCUGAAACCCUGGAGAAAAAAAGUAAUAAUGAUUAAAAAAAAACAAACCCAAACCCGCAAGCAAACCAAAACCACGCGCACAGUAAAAUACGUGAACAAAGAAGUCAGUGAAACGGUUCCCGGGACCCCCUUUCCCCCCAGCGCGGUGGGGCCGGGCAGUGCCGCGCCGCCCGCGCGGGGCCCUCCUAAGGCUAUUUUGGAAGUGACCCUUCGGGCGGCCGGAGCGUGGGGCGGGCGCAGCGAGCCGGCGCAGCUGUCCGGAAUCAUGACUGAAGAUGACGGAUUCCGUGGUGGUGGAGGGUCACGUCAAGUUGAGGGACGGAAAAAAGUGGAAGAGCAGGUGGCUGGUGCUGCGCAAGCCCUCCCCGGUGGCAGUUUUGCUUCUUUUAGACUGUUUGCUCAUGCUGGUGUACAAGGAUAAAUCUGAACGAGCAAAAGGGCACAAGGAGAGGAGCAGCAUGACCUUAGAAGACAUCUGUGGCUUGGAGCCUGGGCUCUCCUAUGAGGGCCUGAAUCACACACUCGCAAUCAUCUGUCUCUCUCAAGUUGUGAUGCUGGGAUUUGAGAACAAGGAAACAAUGUACGCGUGGGAUGUACGAAUACGCUACAGUUUGGGGGAAGUUCAUAGAUUUCAAGUCUUUGUAGCACCUGGCACCAAACUAGAGAGCGGGCCUGCUACCCUGCAUUUCUGCAAUGACAUUCUUGUCCUUGCAAAAGACCUUCCUCCCAGCGUCAUGGGGCAGUGGAAGCUCUCAGAUCUGCGCCGGUACGGAGCUGUCCCAAAUGGAUUCAUCUUUGAAGGGGGUACCAGGUGCGGCUUCUGGGCUGGUGUCUUUUUCCUCUCUUGCGCUGAAGGAGAGCAGAUCAGCUUUCUGUUCGACUGCAUCGUCCGUGGCAUCUCCCCGACAAAAGGCCCCUUUGGUUUGCGUCCAGUCCUACCAGAUCCAAGUACAAAUCCAGCCUAUUCAGAAGAAAGAUUGGCUCAUGAAGCUUUGCAAUUAGAAAAGCGCUUGAGCUUGCUGUCCCAUACAAGUCGCCAAGGCAGUGGAGGAGAUGACAGGAGUCUUUCAAGCUCGUCUUCAGACACCAGCCACUCGGACGUCAGUGGGAGCAGGUUGACAGUUUGGCCUGAGCAGUCUUCAGCCAGCACCUCCCAGGAGAGUCAUGGACUGGCAGCUGCCAAGGGCAUUCAUCUUGGGGAAGAAAAGACCCUUCCAGAAGGGGCACGUGGCACCACCAAACCACCUCCCAAGCCCCUCCGAUCCAGACAGCUGCAGGAAAUAGGUCGUCAGAGUUCUUCUGACAGUGGAAUAGCUACUGGUAGUCACUCUUCUUACUCUGGAAGCUUCUCUUCCUAUGCUGGGAGCUUGGACAUUUGCCACGGUGAUGAGUUUGGAUCAUUGCUAAGCUUGCCAUUGAACUUUCCGUCAGAUCAGAGUUUAUGUACUUGUCCUCACAGCGAGUCCCAGAGAGGUGUGGGAUCAGAGUAUCAGGUUCCCAGCUCUCUCAGACAUAUUUACGAUAUACCCAGGAGCGUGUUACAGGCAGCUUCUAAAGAUGUGCAACAGAAGAGUCCAGACUCUACGCUACCCAAGGACCAGGCCCUGCCACCUCAAGGUGUUAGUGACCCAAAACUGAGACUACCACAUUUGGAAGCACGGAGGGCACCUGAGCACAGCCAGGACAGAGGGAGGCCUUCAUCCUUACUUGCAGAAAGCAGCAAGGACUCAAGUGAUGAGACAUAUGUGGAUUUUGUUUCAAGGUGGUCAGACACAAAACCACAAGGACAGGUGUCAGACUCCAAAAGUAGUGAGUUGUCACCACCUGGUGGGGCCUCAGCUGACCCCUGUGACACAUGUAGCCCCCACCUUGGGAUGACAAGAGCUCUUUUUUCAGCUUGUCCAAUCUGUGGUGGACUAAAGGGAACAGCAGUAUUACAGUCUGGAGUCUUACCAGCUACAUCAGGUGGUGCUUCUGUCAUGGCAGCUUCUGGGUCUUUGAAAGUGCAUAGGGGGCACAGUCUCCAAGCUGGUCCUAAAGGUGGAUAUGAGAUGCUAACACUUCCUUCAGAACCUGGAACUCCAACUGGCUCUGAGGAACCUGAAGGGGCAGUAGGUUAUUCAGCUGAUGUCCCUACAUCAGAUCGACCCCACAGUGAGACAGCUACCUAUGUUAAUAUUCCUGUCAGCCCUACUUCCAAAAAACAGCUUCAUUACAUGGAACUGGAACUUCAAGAACCUAGCACAAGCAUAAGAGGGAGUGGAUCAUCCCGAUAUGCACAGAUUGACAUUGCAGCCACCGAGACAGCCCACAAAGUGGGGACACAGCACGCCCAGUGCCGGGAGGAACGUUUGCAGGAGCUGGAGCAGAAGAAGAAAGGGGCUCAGCAGUGACCUGUCUAGGAAAGAACCUUUUGCUCAUCACAAAUUGAUACUAAUUCAUCUUCCAAAAGAUUCACACUAAUUGUAAAAAAUAGUCACACAAAAUGCUGCCAUUGCUUCUUGCAUUUAUACCAGAUUCAUUCCAAUAUCUUGAUUCCUAAUUGGAAAGCUGGUAGCAUGAGGAGUGUGUUUGGUCUUUCUUUUUAUUUUAAUUUGGUUGUAAAGUCCAGAUUUUUUUUUUUUUCAUAUGCAAUGACAGAUAUAAGUUACCUUUUUCUAUAAUUCUAAAAUCAUGGAGAACCUGGAACCAAUUUCAGUGUUUAUUAAAUGGUGGCAUUUUCUUUAAAAAUAAAGAAAUUGAAUGUG